UGAUCGGACUCACAUUUUCAGAGUGAAGCUAGCAGAAUAUUUCUCUUAUAAGACGAGUUCAGCUUUUUAUAAACUUUUUAGGUAGUUGGAGUUGUUUCAAAAUGACUUUGACUUUUGUGUCUGUAGUUGCCCUCAUUGCAGCGGUGUUAUCGGCACGAAGUGUGACUUCGUCACCCGCGAUCUUGGACGGACAUGAUCUUACGCAUGAAGACAUCAAAAGCUACUUCGGAGGAAUCACCGUGACAUCCAAAAAUGGGGACCCAAAUUACGACAUCGUGGACAUUUGGGACCUGCCCACCGACUCUCCCACAAAACAACCCCUCCGUGAUGCCGUGCCGCACCGCCACCAACACGACGUCCACUUCACCGCGUUCCGGGAGGACUACCACCUCCGCCUGAGCAAGAACCCCUGGCUGGCCCGGCAGGGGUUGCGGAUGGAAACGCUUGGACGGAACGGCACGGUGGUGGCGAGUCAGGAGGUACAGAGGGACUGCUACUACUUCGGGGAGUUGGUGUCGCAUAACAGCUCGUCCGUUGCCAUCAGUAAAUGCAACGGUUUGGCCGGAGUAAUCAGUUACGGCGAACACGACAUUUUCAUCAAACCCCUCCGACGCGACCACGCGGAGCAAUAUAGACGGAGACGAAGAGAUGCGGUCGACCCUCACGUUGUAUACAGACGGUCUGCGGGUGAUAGUGACCCGGCAGCUCAGUUCUGUAGCCCGCCGCCACCAAUGAAAGAUCCCGAGACAGGCAUGACAGUCGACGAGGAGAUGGUCGCAGCCUUGGACGGCAAACUCCUGCCGUCCUCCCUCCAGACAGGUCAGAAAUACAUGGAACUCAUGGUCAUGGCGGACAAUGAGAUGCGCAGACACCACAGAGACGACUUGGAGUCUUACGUUAUGACUAUUUUGAAUAUUGUUGCGCGUCGGUUUGUGGAUCCUAGCUUGGGAGCCAAUCUUCGAAUUCAUCUCGUCAAGUUUUAUGUCUUGGAAAGCGAUCAAGUCGGCUCGGGGUCGGAUGGGUUUUCGACGGAGGAUGCUUUUACUGUCAGCAACAAUGGCUACCAGCUACUGGAUGACUUCUGCCAGUGGCAAGGAACAAAGAACGAAGUUGACGAUGUACACCCAGAGCAUUGGGAUAAUGCUAUGCUAUUAACUAGAUAUAACCUGAUAAACCCCACCGAUGGCUCCGAUUCGCUGCUUGGCCGCGCACCCGUUGGUGGCACCUGCCGUCACUUCCAACAGUGCUCAGUGAAUGAAGACGAUGGUCUAGGCAGUGCCUUGACCAUUGCACAUGAGACUGGACACACACUGAAUUUGAAUCAUGACAGCACUUACGGUUGUCCAGACGGCAUCAACAUCAUGUCUGGGCUUCGAUCCGCUGGUGAGGGAGCCCUCUCUUGGUCUAUGUGUAGUCAGACUAAUAUCCAGGAGUUCCUGAGAAACCCAGUCAGUAACUGCCUGAAUGAUGAGCCUUUGAUGGCACCGCUUUCCGUAAAUGAACUACCGGGCACCGUCUACAGCUAUGCAGACCAAUGCAAACUGGCAUUUGACAGCGACCGGUACACAAUGCCUGUCGAUGGACAAGUUGACUGCACUGUUCUGGCUUGCCAAGAUCCAAGCAGGGCUUGGCGAUCUAAAGGCACUCCAGUUAUGGAAGGGACCGAGUGUGGGACUGAUAAGUGGUGCAUUAAUGGUCAGUGUGUCCAGCGUGAGCCUCUGCCCGAUGCUGUGGAUGGUCAGUGGUCGUCCUGGGGCGGUCAGUUUGGAUCGGCUGAGUUUGGACCCUGCUCCCGAUCCUGCGGGGGCGGUGUUCGGUCCAGAAUGCGCUACUGUGACAAUCCUCCACCCUCCAAUGGUGGCAGGGGGUGUGAGGGCAGCAACACGGAGUAUAUGGUCUGUGAAACACAGCCAUGUGCAACUUCACAAGAUGACUUCAGAGAUGAGCAGUGUAUGGCAUCCAAUGACAUACCACUCAAUGGUGUCACUUAUAACUGGGUCAAAGGCUUCACAACAGAACAAACAGGUGACGAGCUUUGCCAGUACAAAUGUCUGAGCGACCAGCGAUUCUGGGCCAAGAGGGAGCCCUUUCGAUUCACAGACGGCACCCGGUGUUGGCACAACGAGAAGAAUGAUGCCGGUAAACUCAAGCUGUGUGUGGGAGGUCUUUGUAAGCAUUUUGGUUGUGAUGGAAGAGAAAACUCCAACUCUGGGUUUGACGUGUGUGGUGUUUGUAAUGGUGAUGGGUCUUCAUGCACUCGCAUCUCUGAUUCAUUCACUGGCGGCUCCAGCACUGGUUUCAAUCAUUUCCUAACACUACCUGUUGGCUCAACUGGUGUAGAGAUAGCCAAUACUAAUGCCCGUUACACUUACAUUGCUCUUAAAAUUGGCAAUGAGUACGUCCUGCAAGGCACGGGUAACUACAGACCAUCGACAGGCCGCUACAGCGCCGGUAGCUCAGUAGUCCUCUACGAGAAUGGAAAUGAUCUCGAGGAACUUUUCAUCCCCGGACCGAUCACACAAGCGAUUGAAGUGGAAGCUUACUUGUUUCUGGACCCCAACGUCAACUAUGUGGGAGGAAUCAACGUGAAACCGGACAUUCAGUAUCAGUAUUAUGCACCGAGUGGUUCUGGGAGCGGUGUGCAAGAGUCAUUCCGUUGGGUAGGCACCACUUUCACCCCUUGCACAUCCACGUGUGGGGGCGGUAUGCAGACUCGCUCCGUGAACUGCUACCGGACGUUGAAUGCUCGGGAGGAGGUAGUGCCAGAUGACCUAUGUCCCCAGCCUAAGCCAAUCGAACGCCAGGCCUGUAACACCGAGACCUGUCCCUUUGUGAUGCUAGCAAAGUGGGAGACAAGCGAGUGGUUCCCGUGUUCGGUGACUUGCGGUCAGGGAACACGUUCACGGAUGGUGCGUUGCAUACGUGAUGGCGUGGAGGCACCAGGCAGUCCGGAGUGCGACGAAGCUAGCAGACCGGCAGAACAGGAGACCUGCAAUCAGGGAGAAUGCUCAUCAAUAGUUCCUAGUGCCUGUAACGGUGUGACGGGCGAACCGUCGGGCAUCAUCUACAACAUCGGCCAGAACACCAACGGGGAGACUUGCUCCCAGAUCAUCGCCGUGUCGCCUGGGAAGGAAGUCGUCUUGCAUAUCGUCAAGAUGGUUAUCGAUUGUAGUACAGAGAGCUUCAAGAUUAAAGUCGGUCUGAGCGAGCAGCGCUACUGCGGGUACAUUGCCAACCGGCAGAUCACGGUCGGGCACAACAUUGUCAACAUUGAGCACAAGACAUCCACAGCUAACAAUGGCUACCAUCUCAGCUACAGCCUGAUCGACUCAGCUACACCGCCAAAUCCAUGCGACAAAGUUCUGACCGUGGCAAGCGGUCGCAUCACCAGCCCCAACUGGCCCAAUCCCUACAGCCCCAACCAGAUGUGUACCACCACCAUCGUAGUGGAGCCGGGCAAGAGAAUUCGGGUCAACUUCCAGAAGUUCUUCCUGGAUGGCGAAGAGCCCUUCUGUGCAACGGACUAUGUCAUGAUUACCGACAACAAUGCUCGUAACGACAGCCCAGUCUUCUACUGCGGGACCAAGGGUCGAUUCAACUACCGCUCCAAGAGCAACAUGAUUGCCGUCACCUUCCGAUCCGAUGCCACCCAGGAGCUGAAGGGAUUCAAGGCUGCCCUGAAACAAAUCAAUUAGAUCAAAAUAUUAAUCAUUUAUUUAUUGAUAUUAUAUGUUAUUCAGGUAGGAGGUAUAUU